AUGUAUGUUCCUGUCUCUGCCCUACCACCACUACCCAAAAAUCCGAAGCCCAAUGUCGAUGAGUUGAUAAGUCGCAUCUAUUAUAUUGAGGCUGAUCAACUCAGUCGUCUCCAGUCAUUAGCCAAUCAUGGUACUAGCGGACAAGGGAGGACCAAGCUUGAGGCAUUUAGUGCCUUCUUGUGGAAACUAGUUGCUGCUAGGGAAGCUGAAAGGGACAAGAUUUGCAGGAUGGGUAUUGUAGUAGAUGGACGAAUGAGAUUGAGAGAAGCAUAUGCAGAUAUCAAAAAGGCAACCCUGAUGGAUGCUUACUUUGGGAACGUUUUGUCCAUUCCGUUUUGCAAGGAAAGAGCGGGCGACCUCAAGGAGAAGCCGUUGAGUUGUGUGGCGGAGGCAGUUCAUGACUGCUUGGCAAAUGCAGCGACGAAGGAGCAUUUCUUGGACCUAAUAGAUUGGGUAGAGGCUCACCGUCCUGAACCAGCUCUGGCAAAGAUAUAUGCCGGUAGUAGUGGAAAAGAGGGCGAUGGACCGGCUUUUGUGGUGUCAUCUGGCCGACAAUUUCCAGUCUCAAAGGUGGAUUUCGGUUGGGGAAGGCCGACGCUUGGGUCUUACCACUUCCCAUGGGGUGGGGAGGCUGGCUAUGUCAUGCCCAUGCCAAGUCCUCUGCAAAAUGGUGACUGGAUUGUCUACAUUCACAUGCUGAAAGAGCAAUUGAAGUUCAUAGAGACCAAAGCUGCUCAUGUGUUUAAGCCCUUAACCUUUGAUUAUCUGAAUCUUCACUAG